AUGCACUUGACGGAUAAGUCCGAGGCAACCGGCCUAAGGUCGUUGCGGGAGCGAAUCCUACACCAAAUUUCCCGGCUCCGAUACCGAACGUGCGCCUUCGUCGGACUCGUCUUAAUUUUCCUCUCAACUUUCUGGCUCUACGAAAGCAGCGGCCCGCUUGGACUCCAGCUACCCUUCAACACCGACAUAUUCUCGAAGGUGGGCCACAUUACUUGGAGCGAUGACAACUCAACACGGUCUGACUGGGUGAAGCCGCAUCCCGGACACCUCAUCCCACCCAAGAUCUGGCAAAUCAUGCUACCGAAGAACUGGAAAGAGAGGAACCCCAUCAACGACCCCACGAAGUUGAAGGAGACGGCCACCUGGCUGGCGAUGAACCCUGACUACACUUACACGCUGGUUGGCGGUAAGGGAGGCAGAGAAUUCGUAGAGCGGCGCUUCGGCAAUACUUCAAAGGUUUUUGAGACCUAUAACAACCUCCCCAACGUGGGAAUGAAAUCAGAUCUCCUCCGCUACCUGCUCCUCGACAUCGAGGGCGGCGUGUACACCGACACCGACACGGUCGCACUCAAACCCAUCGACGCCUGGGUCCCCCGCGAACUUCGACAGGAAGCUCGGUUAAUCGUCGGCAUCGAGUUCGACCAGCAAGACGGCGUCGCAUGGGCCGACAUCCCGCACCCGCUGCAAUUCUGCCAGUGGACUAUUGCCGCCGCUCCAGGCCACCCGGUCUUCAAGAAGAUGGCCGACCGCGUCAUUGCUUCCGUGGAUGACCUGGUCGAGGAGCACAAGGUGAAGGAGAACCAAUUGAAGCCGGUCAGCUUCGAAGUUAUGAACUCGACGGGGCCGGCGGCGUGGACGGACGUGGUGUUUGAGCAUUUGCAGACGAUCGAGCCGAGUCUGACGGAUCUCCGAAACCUGUCGUACAUGAAGGAACCGACGCUUUACGGCGACGUAUUAGUUUUGCCGAUCGACGGGUUUGGCAUGGGCCAGCAGCAUUCUGGCAGCACGCACGACGGAAGCAUCCCAAAAGAUGCGUUGGUGAAGCAUUUGUUCGGAGGUUCUUGGAGAGGCGAUUAA